AGCCCCCGUUUAGGGUCCCUUUCCUCUCUCCCCCUCCUGGUUUCAUCUGAGAGAGACCAGGUUCGAGAGGCCGCCUCCUCCUUCUCCUCUCCUCUUGCUUGUGCUGCUGCCCUUGCUGCCCCUCUGUUUCUCUCUGUGUCUCUCUCGUUCCCUUUCGCAACAGCUUUCUCUCUGUCUCUUGGCGGCUGAGCAUCAGUUCCGAAGAUGAUGCAGUCGAACCCCGGUGCAGUGGAUCCGCAGCAGCAGCAGCAGCAGCAACAACAGCCGCAACAACAGCAACAACCUCCGCACCCUCAGCAGCAGCAGUGGAUGGCGAUGCAAAUGCAGCACCAGUACCCCGCCGCCAUGAUGAUGCAGCACCAGAUGAUGCCCCAGCAGCCCUACCAGCACUACGCGCAGCAUUACAUGGCCUAUCCCCCUCAGCCUCAGCAGCAGAUGCAGCACCCUCUCCCCCCUCCUCCCCCUCUUCCCCAGCAGCAGCAGCAACAACAACAACAGCAGCAGCAACUGCAGCAGCAGCAGCAGCAGUCCCAAUCUCAAUCCAACGAGGAGAAUAAGACGAUCUGGGUGGGAGAUCUCCAGUACUGGAUGGAUGAAGGUUAUUUAAAUUCCUGCUUUGGCCACACCGGCGAGGUUGUCUCAAUAAAAGUCAUCCGCAACAAACAGACUGGUCAGUCUGAGGGGUAUGGGUUUGUGGAGUUUAUGUCUCGUGCAGCAGCAGAGAAUGUUCUUCACAAUUACAAUGGUACUGCAAUGCCCAACACUGAUCAGCCUUUUCGGUUGAAUUGGGCAUCAUUUAGCAUGGGAGAUAGGCGCUCAGAUGUUGGUUCAGAUCAUUCUAUUUUUGUGGGUGAUUUGGCUGCUGAUGUUACGGAUGCACUAUUGCAAGAGACAUUUGGCAGCCGAUAUCCAUCUGUAAAAGGUGCAAAAGUUGUCAUUGAUGCAAAUACAGGCCGCUCUAAAGGUUACGGCUUUGUUAGGUUUGGUGAUGACAAUGAGAGGUUACGAGCCAUGAAUGAAAUGAAUGGAGUCUACUGUUCCAGUAGGCCUAUGCGCAUUGGUGCUGCAACUCCUCGGAAGUCGUCUGGUUUCCAACAGCAGUAUUCUUCACAAGGUCAGGGUUUUCAAUCUGAUGGUGAUCUGACUAACACAACAAUAUUUGUUGGAGGACUUGACCCAAGCGUCAGUGAUGAAGAUCUGAGGCAGGCAUUUGCUCAAUAUGGGGAGAUUGCAUCUGUUAAAAUACCAGUUGGCAAAGGAUGUGGAUUUGUGCAAUUUGUUAACCGAGCAAAUGCUGAGGAGGCACUUCAAAAAUUGAACGGUACUGUUCUUGGCAAGCAAACAAUUCGCUUAUCUUGGGGUCGUAAUCCUGCAAACAAGUUGCCCAGAUCUGAUGCUGGAAAUCAAUGGGGCGGCUCUUAUUACGGGGCACAAGUUUAUGAUGGUUAUGGAUAUGCUGCUCCACCCCAAGAUCCAGCUAUGUAUGCUGCUGCUGCUUAUGGAGCAUAUCCCGUCUAUGGAAACCAGCAGCAGGUAAGCUGAAGAGUUUUGAAAAGCUGUAGGAUUUCUACUUGUAGGCAGAGACUAGUGUUUACUCGGACAGAGGUAGAUUGUGCUAGUGGUAUAUUGUAUCAUCAAGUCCUUGGUGAAACAAGUGUGGUGUGAAUUCGUUUUAAAAUUUGUGAGAGGAUGACAACUGAAAUGAAAGACUGUGAGGAGGCCAAAAUGGUUUCUUGCAUAGAGGUCUGCCGCGCUGAUUAGAGAACGAGCACUUGUGUGCUUGUUGCUGCUUGCUUUCUGCAGCAUGCAUUAUGUAAUUGCGUUUGGUGCUUCAAUGAUUGCAUGCUUCUUCCCACCUAGUAAUUAGUUUAGCCUCCGCCCUCCAGGACUCCUGCUCAAGACAGAUUUUCCAUGUGAACUGAUGAACUUAUCGGUGAACAUAUAUCUUUUAGUUCUUUUAUUGACAUUAUUCAAUUCUAUGGAUUAAUUUAUAAGUCA